AUUCGCCUGCACUCGUCUGCCAGCACUCACUCUCCUCCUCAUUUUUCCGCCUCCCAAUCUUCCGCGAGCUCAGACAUGCGACCCAGCUCCUUUCAACCUGCUCCGCAUCUUCCCACCCAACCUGACUGAGCUUGGAAUCCUCCUUCAGUACCUCCAUCUGCUCCGAAUCCCCGUGGCACACGCCUCCAAUCCAGCUCCAUAGCUGCUGCUGCGUUUCGAAGCCUUUCCGGACCUGCCGUUACCACUGCUACCUUUGCUUUGCCCCACGUUUGAUACGAUCAUGAGCUCAAAAAUCCAAAACACCGUCUAUGACCGUCUUGUCAAGCGCGAGAUUGGUGACCGUACAACGUAUGCCGCCAUCCCCGGCAUCUAUGGCGACCGGAGAUGGAUCCAUGAAAUGGACAUCGUAAACGAGCUCGGCGGACACCAUGGUUGUGUCAAUGCUCUCUGUUGGUCCAAGUCUGGACGUCUCCUUGCCUCAGGCUCCGAUGACCAUAGGAUCAACAUCCACGCUUACAAUCCCGACUCCUCCACCGAUCAGUUCAGCCUGACCGCCUCCAUUCUGACCGGACACCGAACAAACAUCUUUUCGGUCAAAUUCAUGCCCUACUCCAACGACAGGACAAUCGUGUCCGCCACCGAUGACGUGCGCAUCUUCGACAUCGAACGGAGCGGCACUUCGCUCUACAGCGGAUUGACUACCUCAGCUCAGUCGGCCCGGCGUCCCGGGGGUGUUCAGGGCGCGUUAGACGGGCUUACUUUGACAGAGGGGGAUACCAAUGCAAAGGCGUUCCGUUGUCAUACUGAUACGGUCAAGCGCAUCGUGACUGAAGAUAGCCCUUUUUACUUCCUCACGUGUUCCGAGGAUGGAGACGUGCGGCAGUGGGAUAUCCGUCAGCCGUCCAAGACCUACCCUCCACCCAAGAUGACGAAUCUCCCACGCUGGGCGGCGGAUGCCGAUGCCGCUGACGAAGUACCGCCUCCUCUUAUCUCGUAUAGCCGCUAUAACCUAGAUCUCAACACCAUUUCAUGCUCGCCUUCGCAGCCACACUACAUUGCCCUUGGCGGCGCACAUCUCCACUGCUUCCUCCAUGACCGACGCAUGACUGGACGGGACAAGCUGAGAGAGCGUGGCGGCAAACUACCCACCGCGCGCAACUGGAAUGUGCAUGAUGACCUAGCCUUUGGUGAAGCUACUCGAUGUGUCAAGAAAUUCGCACCUAAUGGGAAGAAACGUAUGACUCGCAAGGACAAUGGUCAUAUCACCGCAUGCAAAAUAAGCGAUGCAAACCCCAAUGAGUUGAUCGUGAGCUGGUCAGGCGAUUGGAUCUACGGCUUCGACAUACUGCGCAGUCCCGAUGCUUCCGAGGAGGUUCGCUCAUCCAAUGUUUCGGACGGAAAUCGCGGGCCCCGAGUGAAAGAUAAAAGCCGAAAACGCAAACGAACCAGGUCGGGCAUGUCAUCUCAGGAGGCCACGGAUAGGGGCGGCUCCCGCCAACGUACCCGGAGCUCUCGUCCUUCAGCUUCAGGGUCGCACGAUGAGUUAGCGCUGAGAGUCAAUUAUUCCAACGGACAAAGCGAAGAAUUCCGCAUCGAGCCACCCCAGAGACACUUGUCCGAAGCCGAAGCCGCUGCUCUACGAGAAACCGACCAUUACCGCAUCGCUCAAACCACAAUCAAUAUUCAGGAGCAGAUGUUUAACCUCCCUAGCGACAUACCUGCGGAUGUCAGGGACUUGCCCGAAACUUAUCGACCGCAAUUUACUUCUGCACUGGGCUAUGCAGGCUCCAUCUUGCCAGAUAUUGAUGAGGUUGCAAGGACGUGGGGUUACCCAAUGGAUCCCAACCAGGUCGAUGUAGCACUGCAAAAUCAUCUGCGGGAUCACCGAGCGGCUACCCGUCGAUUCGUCCAAGCUGCGGGCAUCUUGGCUCGGGUCCUUGGAGGCCAGCUCCGAACAGGAAGUGGCUCAGAGGCCAUAAUAUCUCGCUACUUUGCAGUCAUCCAACCUGCACCAAAUGAGAGACCAUUACCCCGACAUGAGCAUUUUGCGUACGAUUUCCUCAAGGCACUACUGCUUUGGCUCGAUAGUGGCUUGGGUGCCGUCGUGGAAGGCUUCUCAAGCGCAGGGAGCCAUCCUCGCUUCCCUAUUCCACCGAACGCGGACAUUGACGCCAUUGACGACAUUCUCAUCCCUUAUCUGCUCCAACUAGCCAGCGACGACCCCAUUGUGAACGUAGACGCGUCAAAGUUUGAGACGGAUGAUACGCGUGUUCUUCACCGUACGGAAAAGGCGGCCGUCAUCACGUUCGCCAGAGCCCUCAAAACGCCUUUUGCUGAUUUGACUGGUGCUGUUGUCCCUGCUUCCGGAUCCUCGGCAUCAAAUCACGCAGUGCAGGACCGUAAGACAGCAAUCAAAACUUGGGCGUUCAAGGUUGGGAGAGGUGUGCUGUGGAAUGCUGCUCGAGAUAUCCGCUUUGCGGCGGUUGACCGUGCAUUUGGUGGCCAGGGCCGUGCCGAUGGAGACGUAAAAGCAAAAGAACGGAUGAUACGGGAAAAGCAAGAAGACGUUGACCCGAAUGAAGACGAUGACGUGAUAGUGGAAGCCGAGAUAAUUGAGCGCCCUCGCAGUGUUUCAGCGCCCCUUCAGUCUGAUGCCUCUGCUUCCGAAGGGAACGCCGGACAUAUCACGGUGCAGCAGUCCAGUGAUUCUGCCGGACAAGGCGAAACUCCGCUUUCGUCCGUAAGCCAUGAGGAAAACGUCCACGAGGAGGCGACCCAGGAUGAAGAGACGGAUGAAGACAGGGAGACAGACACUAGCGACGAGGACGACGAGGAUGAGGAUGAAGGUGACUCGGAUGGUGAGGAUGAAUCUAUCCCAGAUGAUGAUGAAGACGAGGAUGAGGAAGAAGUUGGCGAAGGACUGACCCGUACCCGAAGCGGCCAUAUCCUCUGGCGAGACUAUGACAGGAGUCGCAUUCGGGCUAGUGUUGGGCGAGGUGUGUCUUGCGCGCCGCAUACGAAGGUGUACAAAGGCCAUUGCAAUGUGAGGACUGUCAAAGACGUCAAUUACUUUGGCCUUCAAGACGAGUAUGUCGUCAGCGGCAGCGACUCCGGCCACGUUUUCAUAUGGGACCGCAAGACGUCGCAGCUUCUCAACAUCCUCCAAGCGGAUAAGGAAGUAGUCAAUGUCGUACAAGGCCACCCAUACGAGCCGACAAUGGCAGUUUCAGGCAUCGACCACUCCAUCAAGAUCUUCUCCCCUGACGCUGAGGCGCAACGAAGGGCCCGGAAGGGGAUUGGCAUCCAUCCUCACGAUACCGGAGUCUCCAGUCUUGGGUUCGGAUUCGGAUUCGGUCAUAGACCUAGACGAAACCGUCAGGCAAGCACCUCCGAGCCUGCAGUCACGGAAGAAACAUCACGCCGUGCAGCGGAGGAUAGUGACGAGGAUGAUAAGGUUGAAAACAAUGGUCUUGCAAGUUGCAAGCGAAUGCACCAGGAAUAUGAGAUCAUCUCCCAGAACGAUGUGAACCGUCAAGACGGAAGAGAUGAUGCUUAUAUCACGAGAGCUUUACUUGCGCAACUGGCCCAACGCAUGCAUGCGAUGCAGCAAACGGAGAUGACAGAUGACGGAGGGGCAACAAUCGUCUUGAACGGGAAUGAGGACUGCCAGGUCAUGUGAGGGCGAUAGGGCGCGAGAAGGAUAGUGUAUUGUCAGUUCACACCAUCGAAUUGGAGCAUUGGUCGUACAUAAAGUAGCUUUAUGUAUGUCCCACGUUCACUCGUAUUAUGAAAGCAUAGGGUACAGGCAUGUGGACAGCAGUAACGUCAUUACAAUAAUACUAGAAGUUACGAU